AACUGUGAGGUAAAAAAACGUACUCACGUAGACAUUGACGCGUACUGCUUUGAGUGCACGCUAUAAUAAUGAAAAUGUAAGGUAACUGCUGCAUUGAUAGCUUUGAUAAUGUUAUAAAACUAUUAGUUCAAGAUUCAGCUGUGCGUAUGUCGAGAUAUUGAGCCCUUGGGAAGUUUGGAGAGCAUUCAAGAGGCAAAAAAUUCUUUCGGUUGCACCUCGAGCAACUCUUACGUCUCUUUCGUGCUCUCCAAUCUUCCUGCGAGCUCAAUAUCUCUACAUACGUACGCUGACUCAUGAACUAAGAGAGCAGUCAUUAACUAUUUGGGGGGGGCUGGUAAAUUUUGAGAGAGAGCCUCCCAUUUAGGGAGGGCUAAAUUUUUCUGGGUCCGCAUUUAGGGGAGGGUUACAAUUUUUAGGCGUCUUUGGGCGAUGUGCGCGUACUAUUAAAUGGGUUUUGUGCUACUGAAAUAUUAAGCACUGCUUGAAAUACGAUGGCCGUGCAAGUAAUAUUAAAAGAAUUGCGUACUCAAAGCUGACUCACUCGGUUAAAAAGCACUCUGAUUGGCUGGAGAUCAGCAGUGACUUCUUGCGGAAUUGCUUCCAAUUUCCUUGACUUUGAAAUUUCUUUGAAAAUAGCGGACGGUUUCAGUUUGGCUUUGUUGUUUAAUCAACGUCAUCUUCAGGUGAUUUUCCUGUGUUAUAAUACAUCUGAAUGGCAGAUAAUUUGAUGAAAGCCCUUCUUAAAACGAGCCGCGAUCACAAGUGCACGGAUAGUUGAUGAUAUGUUAUUAUAACUGAAAAUGUAUUUUUUCAUGUUUACUGGUACUCGAUCUGUAUUUGUGUGUCUGUUUUUGUUUGUUUGUUUUUUUUUUUUAACUCAUAGUUGUCCAGUUUAUACUAAUCCUUUUACAAAACUCAGUAAGUCUUAAACAGUAACAGAAACAGAACGUUUUUCUUUUUCAACAAAUGCAACAUAGACCACACGAUAUGGCCGAACUUGCAGGACCUGGAGGGGUAGAGCAAGAGCUGCGGACUUUCCGUGAAUAGAGACAAUUUUCCUCUUGCUAUUCGCUGACAAGUUAUUAUGCACAAUUUAUUCACUCUUCAAGUUGAGUAGAAGACAGGAAUUCAAUAAGUGACAGUGGGGCUGUCAAUGGUUUUCUUUACUUGGUGAAGCGUAAAUGAGCUUCGUAAAUAUUGUGAAUACUAACACUUUUUUUUAUUCCAAUGAAAAAAUUGUCUCAAAGUUACGCUCAUAUGGAUUCCGAGGAUACAACAUUUGAAUACUCGAAAUGUUAUUACAGGGAGGGUUACAAUUUUUGGGCACACAUUUUUGGAGGGGCAGGAUUUUUGGGCUGUUAACCUAAGAGGGGGGUAAAAUUUUUGGACCCUCGCUUUUGAAAUAAUACCAGCCCUCCCCACCCCCAAUAGUUAAUGACCGCUCCCUAAUUGUUAAAUUGUUAUCCGUCGUUUUUAUAGUCUUGGGCAGUAAUUAGUUCUGGCUAUUUCAUUUUCUUCGCAAAACGUGCCAAAAAUUUUCCGCCAUUUUUUUUUAAUUAUUUGUUUAAUUGUGUAAAUUAUCUAAAUAUGCAAACAGUUGUCUUUAUUAUCUCUUCUAUCUCUUUAUAUCUUUAUUAUCUCUUUAUAUCUCUCUAUCUCUUUAUUGGUCAAGAGGUGGAGAGAAUCAACAUAAAAUCGUCAGAGGUCUAUAAACUCACUAUAGCAAGCUUUUAGUUAUAGGGAGAAAGGCAAAAAUGCAUUUUUUUAUUACAGCUAUCAAAAUUUGUCAUACUCAUAUUCGCCCCACUCAAACGAGCGAAAAUAUUUUUUCUGUGGAUUCUUUAAACUUUGUGAUAAAGGAACUCGGUGGACAACCUAAUCCCCGGGAGGAGGGUACUGCCACAUGGUAUAUAUUGUGACGUUUUGUAGGGUAUGGUUUUCAAGCAUGCUGUUAAGUCUGGGAUUGGGUAUAGAAAUCAGAGAGCAAUUCUUGUAUAGGGAGGUAUUUGGGAAGUUUAGUUUAGCACAGUGAGCAAAAUUCAGCUGAACCAGGAGUAUAGCCUAGGUUUUCCCGGGUCCCACCGUCACAUUACCACCCGAAAAAUUUCUCAAGAACCCGCUGGUUUAUGCUUUUUUUAAAAGACAAAAAAGAGACAAAAAGAAAGAGUUCAAAAGACUUUUCGGCGCUGAGUUUUAAAGAAAAUAACAAAGUUAACUAAAGCCUACCACUUGACGUGCGUUACUCAUUCUUGCAGGAUGUAGGUCUUAUAUGAACGAGUGCAAAAGGCUUGAGCUACGACUGAUAAAUCUGUGAUGCUUAGACUCAAAGCGAAUUGAAAUUUGGAAAAAUGGCGCAUUAGGAGAGAAACCUUUAUUUGGAGCCUCAGAGAAUAUCUAUAACAUUAGGGAAAGGACUUAAUAUCAAGGUUCACAGGUGGUUUGAGACGCAAGUUUUUACCGGCUGCUACCAAAGCCCGCACACUGGCUGCUACGAAAGCCCGCUUUGCUUCGCUUGCUUGAUUUUGGCAUACUCGAGCAAGACUCUACAUCAAACGAGUAACAAAGAUAGCGUGAGCAUGCAUGGAUACAGUUCGAACCCAGGCUUAAUAGCCGUGCGCUUUGUACAGCGGCCUCAUCGGUUACGACCAUCGGUUUUUCAAUCUGAAACGGAUGUUUGCACUCUGAAUACCAGUUUGACGAGAGGAAACAAAAUUGACAAGUUCAGAAGUUCGAGGUUUGGUGACUUUAAUAAAAGGCUUGGCGCCAAUUUUCCUCCGCACUGAGGUUGUUCGUUAAAUAGUCUUCGUAAUCAACUCUCAUCUGUUAACGGCGAUAGAUUCCUAGAAUUUACUGAACCGAACUGAAAGAUUAACUGUACGAUAUUCUUGUUAUAUGAAAUAAUUUCCUUCUGAGAAAAACAUCAAGAAAUGUAAGAGUUUUGUAAUCUUUCCGUGCAAGUUCAUUUCAGCUUAGUCUGCAGGUGUGACUUGAAAUGAAAAAAAUGCACAAUAAUUAUGACUUAUCAUAUGGAAAAAGGACUCUAGCUAUCAAAUUUAUCACCUUUUUCGCCCCGGUUACACAAACGCAAGGCUAAUUUUCGUCAUCUAUAUAUAUAUAUAUAUAUAUUGAAAGGAUUAUAAAAAACAAGGUUUUAUAAAUAAUUAAUAAAGGUUAGACAAGAAUUUUGUGAAGAGGGUGUUUUUUCCAGAGUUGAACUGCCUUAAAAAACGUAGCGACAUUGUGUUUCUGUUGCACAUCGUGAUCAGCUUUAUUUAUUAACUGAAAACCUUUGCAUAAUUAUUCUAUUUAGUAUGGCUAGAGCUGUUUUUACCUGUUUUAAUUUCGUUUGCAUGUAAUAUUUUAUUAAACGGGACAGACUAGGCAGAUUACCGUGAUGCAGUGCUGGCUCAUAUCUGUCUUCUUUUUUUUUUUCUCGCUUAGGAAUGGUUAACGACAACGGCGGAAACGUUCUCAGGCAAAUUUAGUAACGCGCUGUACGUGAUAUUAGAGACAGUCUUUUUAUUUAUUAUUAAAUGCACUUUUGUCGUAAUUUGUAGUAAACCUGUCACGAUUUGUAAGAAACAUGUGCCGCAAUUUAGACUAAAGUGAAGGUUCCUUUAAUUAUAUCAUUUUUCAUCAGGUCUCGGUUAAAACCAUUUGUUAGAACUGACAGACCAGACUGGUUUAGUUGUAAAGAGAAUAAUUAAGAUCCAGCCAGAUCAGAGCUAUUUAGAUUAAGAUCGGCAAUGUUGGAGUGUCCCUUUCCAUUUGUAGGAACAGUAACCAAACGCGCCGAGGCUUUGCUCGGGUCGAUGUAGUUCCAUUGGGCAAGUGGAAUUUCCAACAUUUCAACCGGAAUUUUUGUUGUAUUGAAAGCGCCCAUUGGCUUAGAAUUACAGGGGUUAUGACACGCAACUAUCCUCAUUUUCCUACCAACUGUGUUAUUACAGCUCGGUCAGUUACCUACUGCGCAUGCGAAACACAUAUUAGAAAUUACUAAGUUUAUGACAAAGUAGGACAAUAAAAAGGACUUCAGUCUAGUAACAUACAUCUGACAGUGAAUAACAUACAACCUCCUGACAUUUUUGUGAAGAGGAUAUUUUUGUUUUAUUUGUGUAGGUAAUAAGAACUUCUCUUUUCUGCCGUUAGUACGGAUGGAGACCUGGUUUUGGAUUCUUGGAUGGGUUCUUUCCUUUCUUGCCAUCACUGGAAAUGGAUUUACAAUCUUCCUCGUCUGCAGCAGACGAAAUCUCCGCACCAAAACCAACGCGUUUAUUGUUUCACUUGCAGUGGCGGAUUUUUGUGUUGGUUUGAGCGUUGUUCCUUCUUUGUUCGCAUGCGACGUUACAAACACCUGCUACUGGCCUAAGGUUUUUCCUUCAUGGAAAGAUGUCGUAAGGUGGCUGUUUAGCUACUUGUCUGUUUUAAACUUGUGUUCUCUGGUGCUCGACCGUUAUAUCGCCAUCGUAAAGCCUUUUAAAUACAUAACUUUUAUGACUCGAUCUCGUGUUAUUCAAGUGAUAACUGCCUGUUGGAUAGCGUCAUUUACGCUGGUUGCGUUCAAGACCGCACUUCGGCUUUGCUGUGAGACCCCUCUGACCAGUAUCGUUGCAGUUGUGGUUUUAAUGAUUUUCAUGGAAAUCGUUCCAUGCGUACUGCAAGUACUCUGUUUCGCGUCAAUGUUACUUCAUGUAUGGAAACAUGAUCGGUCAACACGCACCCUAGCAAAACAGUUACGUUUUAACCAUCGGGUAUCUUUUAAAACCCAUCACGAGAAGUCUGCAGUAAUAAUGAUGGGUAUUGUGAUAGGAGUGUUUGUUGUGUGCUACGGAAUAUAUUUGCGUUGUAGUCUGUUAGUAGUAUUCGACACAAAUGCAUCAUGUAAAGAUGAACAAUACAAAAUUCCUGUAUUGGUUUUAAACUCGGCCAUUAACCCACUGUCUUAUGCUUUUUUCAAAAGAGACAUAAAGAAAGAGUUUAAAAGGCUUAUCAGUCAGGUGGUUUAA